CUCAGUCUUCCUCCUCCUUCUCUCUCUUUCUUCUUUAACCUCCUUUUUCUUCUCAACUUCCUUCUCCACUCACAACCUUUCAGUUUUUUUCCUCACUCUAUAUUUUCUGCUACUUGUGCUAUCCCCUAUAUCUUUUCUAUCUAAACCCCAGAAAUAUCCUUCUUCUGUGUUUUAUCAGCUGAAAAAUUCAUCCAUGAUAACCGUAAAUUCUUCAUCUUGUUGUUGUUGUUGUUUCUACCUCUGAAAUAAUUGGAUAUAGGUUGUUUGGUGGAAGGAGUUAGAGGAAGGAAGUGUUGGGGUUUUCUUUUCUUGGGAAAUGGAGAGAAAACAAGGUUUCUUCUCAGCGUUAAAGGAAGAGGUAGUGCGUGGGUUAUCGCCGGGGAGGUCACGAACGAGGAGUCCGGCUAGAAGUGGGUCACCCAUUACGAGUUUGCUACGGAGGAAGAAGAGUAACAGCAGUAGCAACUUCGCUCCAAAUCAUGAACAGUUGAUAUCAAGAUCAGGGAGUUUGAGACCGUUAGGGGAGACGCUGACGCCAUUGAUGGAAGGUCCGGAUCCGGACGGCGGAGAAGUCGGGGAUUCGAAGCGGGUCGGGUCGAGUAUAGGCCAUUGGAUGAAAGGGCAGCUCUCCAGGACACCCUCGGUAGCAUCGACUGCGUACUCUAAGAGGUCUGAUCUGAGACUCUUGCUGGGUGUAAUGGGUGCUCCUCUCGCCCCCGUGCACGUCAGUACCAGUGAUCCAUUGCCUCAUCUCAGCAUUAAAGACACACCCAUCGAAACAUCAUCUGCUCAAUACAUAUUGCAGCAAUAUACUGCUGCAUCAGGUGGGCAAAAGCUACAGAGCUCAAUUAAGAAUGCUUAUGCUAUGGGAAAACUGAAGAUGUUAGCUUCUGAAUUUGAAACCCCAACAAAGGUGGUAAAGAGUAGGAAUUCUGCUAGAGCUGCUGAGUCUGGUGGAUUUGUACUCUGGCAAAUGAAUCCUGACAUGUGGUAUGUGGAGCUUGCGGUUGGUGGAAGCAAGGUUCAUGCGGGUUGCAAUGGCAAGCUUGUAUGGAGACAUACACCUUGGCUUGGUGCGCAUACUGCAAAAGGGACUGUUAGGCCACUACGACGAGCCCUUCAGGGUCUUGAUCCAAGAUCCACUGCCAGUAUGUUUGCCAACGCAAGAUGCAUUGGAGAGAAGAAGAUCAAUGGGGAGGAUUGCUUCAUACUGAAGCUCUGUGCUGAUCCCCAUACAUUGAAGGCCAGAAGUGAAGGACCAGCAGAGAUCAUAAGGCAUGUCUUGUUUGGCUACUUCAGCCAGAAGACUGGUCUUCUUGUUCACAUGGAGGAUUCACAUCUCACCAGGAUCCAGUCUAACGGAGCAGAUGCAGUUUACUGGGAGACAACGAUCAACUCAUUCUUAGAUGAUUACCGCCCUGUGGAAGGUAUCAUGAUUGCUCAUUCUGGGCGUUCUGUAGUCACACUUUUCCGGUUUGGUGAGAUGGCUAUGAGUCAUACCAAAACUAGGAUGGAAGAAGCUUGGACAAUCGAAGAAGUUGCAUUCAACGUUCCAGGAUUAUCAGUAGACUGCUUUAUUCCACCAGCUGAUCUGAAAUCAGGGUCUAUAAGUGAAGCAUGUGAGCUCCCUCAAGAUGAAAGGGGAAAGAGUGCAAUUUCACUUGCCACUCACCGGGCUAAGGUUGCAGCGCUAGAGAAAACUCAUGAUAGCUGGAAGGUGGAAAUCUAACCUACUAGGAACAGCCGCUGGUCAAUUGUUUAUACGGAAAGAGGGGGUUGCUGAUGAACUAACACACUAGAAGUUAUUUAGGAGCUAAUUAAUUGAGUCAUAAAUAGUUGGUUGUCUACAUCUUUAUCUGUAAAUAGAGCAUAAUGAUUCUCAGGUUCUUCCUGAGCCUGUAUGAAUUCUUAUACUCUUAAAAACAGAAUCCAACAGAAGCGUUGGAGCUCAUUUUUCCUUGUGGCAAAUGGAGCAACUGGAGGUUAAUUUUUAGUUUACCUUCCAUAAGUCUAGGUCGAGAAACUUCGCCAUGAGGUGAAAUCAUUGAUAAUAUUCAUUUUUCUCAGCCUAUUGCGUUAGAGCACUGCUAGAUGUGGUUGACAGCAGUGUGUCUUAGUUUUUCCAUUUUAUCACUUUCUUAUGAGAUGUUCCUUUUCUUUUUUUAGUUGGAGUUUGUUUGUGUUAGAGAAAUGGGAUUUCUCCUAAGUUCAGAUUAAAGUCAAAAUAGUAGUAAGAAUGGGUAAGCAGAUGAAGAAAGUUGUAAAUUUGUUUGAUCUGCUGUUAACCAGAUUGGAUCUUGUUUGUUGGUUUCAGAUAGUACUCUCAGUUUCUUGUUGGUUUGUUAAA